AUGCAUGAAAUCCUGGCCCAACAUCCCAGUUUCUUUGGAGGUUUCGAGCCGACAUGUCUGACAGAUCUUCCCGCGGGAUGGGCCAAGGCAAACUGCCACUACGGAGGCAUUUUAAAAGCAGCACGGAUCAGUGUAUCUGCAUCCUCCAAGUCCCAACUGCUCGCUCUACCCAAUGCGAGCGUCGCGGAAGCAGGGCGGAAGAAGGGCAUUCAUGGAUGCCCGACCUGCACCGUUGACCUUGAGGUCAUCAGGAUUCAGGGGGUUGAACCCCUGAAUUUUGACUCGGGCGCCCGGCGCAAACCGAACAUGAAGCCUCCUGGGCCGAAUAACAACGAACUCCAAAAGCUCUGCUUCAAUGCGCCUCGGUGGUUCUUCACUUCCAUUCACCUCAAACACCAAUUAACACGCCGGGCGAUACCGAUACGGAAUAAUUACUAUCCCAAGACAAAUGGACCGACAAGAGGCAAACAGGGCAGACCCGGAUCCGAAACAGGCAGCUCUGAAGCCUCUGAUACUGACCUCGCCACACCCACUCUCGUUGAUGGUGUGCUUGAUCCGCCCACCACAAUCACAGGCGUCAAUAUGGUCUUGCCGGUCAAUCACAUCACACUAAAGCGACUAAAACACGCCAAUCCGCCCGAGGACGCCCGAGGACGCCCGAGAGCUAUGCCCAGCCUUUCAUGCAUGCAGUCUUCGACUCCCACAAGACAGAAAAUGCAAGUCGUUGCGCGCUUCUCAUCCUUCUGGAAGGAUUUCACUGCCCCCAAUGCCGUGCAGCCCAUGCUGGGCUCAAUGCAUGCGGUCACCAUACCGAACGGACCAACAGUCCAAAAUAAACCUCCACCCUUUCCCUGGGUCCUUAACAUGACGCAAUCUGGUCCAAGCUACGGCGUAGGUAGGAGGUCCAAGGACGAAACGGAAGAUGGAGGUCGGCCACUUCCCAUUGCUAAUGUGCGUCUGCCCUGA